AUGGAGGUAGAACCAGAUAUCGAUGUAGACGAUGAUGGGACUAGCAGUCAGAGGUCACUUCCACAGAAACAGGCACAGCCAACGCCCAAUAUUGUCUUUGACACUGAUCCUGCCUUCUUCUCUCCAGACGAAAAGUUAAAAGUUGGCGUCAUUAGAGAAGAGGAUGGGGCUCAAGUGUUUCUGUGCAUGUACUGCAGAGCAAGAUGUGAAUCGGCAUUGGCCCUGAAGAUGCAUGUGCGUGUGUAUCACAUGCCCGUGCUAGUAUAUGACAAUGGAUUAGGCACUGUAGAAACUAGAUAUCGCAUGGGCAUUAAAUUACAAAAUACCACAUGCACCGAGUUCUCCACCACAGAGAAGCCAUUUGCAUGCCUCUUCUGUGAAUCGUCGUACAAACUCCAGAGCUCCCUCCAGUCACAUUUUCGUGAACACCAUAGCCCACAUAAGCCUUUCCAAUGUUUGGAGUGCAAGGAAGGGUUCAGAAGACCCAUAGAGUUAUCACGACAUCGUCUGUAUCGGUGCCCUGUAAGGAAAAAUACUUCAUUUUCUUCUUCAAAAAAGGAGAGGUGA